AUGAAGCGGUCACAGUCAAGUGACCCAUUGCCAGCCAGUCAGGAUUCAAAAUUUCCAAAUAUCAUUAAGCUUGCGGCAUUAGAGAGGCAAGUGUUCGAUUUCCUGGGAUACCAGUGGGCCCCUAUCCUAGCCAACUUCCUCCACAUCAUCAUCGUUAUCCUCGGCCUGUUUGGCACUAUUCAAUAUAGACCUCGCUACAUAGUGGUGUAUGCCAUCUGGACUGCAAUUUGGGUCACCUGGAACAUCUUCAUCAUCUGCUUUUACUUAGAAGUGGGAGGGCUCUCAAAGGACAGUGAACUCUUGACAUUCAACAUCUCCCGGCACCAGUCAUGGUGGAGUGAAAACGGUCCUGGCUGUGUAAGGAAGGAGGCUUCAAUGUCUGGUAUCAAAGGGCUGGAUAGCCAUUCCUAUGUCUCUGUGAUAGGCUGCGCCCUGGAGUAUCGGUACAUCGAGGUCAUGCACAGCUCCUUCCAGAUCCUGAUCGCGCUGGUGGGCUUUGUCUACGCCUGUUACGUUGUUAGUGUUUUUACAGAAGAAGAAGACAGCUUUGAUUUCAUUGGUGGAUUUGAUCCAUUUCCUCUCUACCAUGUCAAUGAAAAACCCACCAACCUUUUGUUCAAGCAGACAUACCUGCCUGCGUAAGUGAAGAGGAGCCAGAGGAUGGAUAAACCUUGCACUCUACCAUCAAAGGUGCUGCAGGAAACAAUCGCCUGUGGCCUGGAAUUUUGGCAGAGGAAAUGCAGGAUGGUGAACUCCAUUCCAUUUUUUGUUCCUUGUCUUUUCAAAUGCAAUGAAUGUACGUUGAAGAAUGGCCACGCGGUUGGUUUUUAAUUCGCCAAGUGCCCUGAUGAACCAUUCCUACCAUAGUCUGGUGGUACCAGCCAAUAAACCGCACAGGCCUGAAGACCUUGGGCAGACCACGUUCACCGAGAGCCUCACUCAAGAGAUACAGUUGAAGUUGGAGCUGCUUCCUUGUGCCAUGGAUCCAGAAAGAAGGAAGCACUGCGUAACACCCCAGGACAUUUCACGAUGUGUAGUUAGCCUCUUCCCCUUCUCCUUUCCCUUGUUCUGAAAAGAGCCUAAAUCCCCUAACACAACCUCAUCUCCUCCCUGCCUAUAUAGAACUAGGUGGGGGCUAUUUACAUUUGAAUUAUUUAGGCUUUUUUUCUUCCUUUUUUUUUUAAGUUAUAGAUGACAGCUCAUCCCUUCUUCCAC